AUAACCUGAUGGUAAGCAAUCAGCGUCGCCCAUGGACACUCGCAAUGGAGGACUUACGAGUGCGUUGCCGACCAUUUAGGGAUAAGGGAUUUGGAGAUGUAGGGAUUGUGGGAGGGGAAAGAUUGGGCCUCGGGCAACCUCACUCAGACAGCGAAACACAACGCUGUAGUUGUUUCACGCAGGUUUUCUGUGAGGCCGUGGUAUCACUCCUGUCGAGCCGACCCAUUCGUGCCGAUGCAUGGCUCUCCCACACUUUCUUCGAUCCUCGAAAUAACUCUUUAUUUGAUCCAGAAAUUGUUGUUCCGGGUUUGACUGUGAUGUGAAUAUAAAACUAUU